UUGGUCGGACAAAUAACAAAUAAAACAACACGGCGCCGAACGAAAAGAGAAAAAUGAAAUGCGAUGGGAAGUGAAAACGUAAACACGUAGAAUUUUACACCAACUUUUCGUCCCAUUUUUUCAUCGCUUUACGCACCGCAAACGGGUUGACUGCAUAAGGAUUUGUCAAUCGGCAAAAGCAUUGUUUUGUUUGCAUUGGAACAAGCUGCCGGUGUACCAUUCUUUCCUCGCAUUGGUUUGAUACAGCGCUCGAGAAUUGCAACAGUUCCUGGGGCCUAGUAAGGAAUCGACAGCGGGGCUUGUUGCUAGCAUUUUAGCAAAAACAGGUUUUUGGAUAGUGCAAAGCCGUUCCUUGUAGCAAUGGUGGAACCAACAUGGAUCGAGAUAAAUGAAAUAAAAGGCUUUAUAACUUUUCUAGCAAGUAUCGAUUGGUACGAUCCGUGGCUGAUUGGGUUAAUAGCGUUUCACGUAUGCAUCACAUCGACGGCGCUUCUCACCAGAAAUUACGGCAACUUUCAGGUGUUUCUGUUCUUCGUCCUCUUGCUGCUGGUGUACUUUUCCGAAAGCAUUAACGAGUACGCGGCACUGAAUUGGAGGAUUUUCUCGAAACAGCAGUACUUCGACGAUAAGGGUUUAUUCAUAUCGGUUGUGUUCUCCGUGCCAAUACUGCUCAACUGUAUGCUGAUGGUGGGAAGCUGGCUGUAUCAGUCGACGCAGAUGAUGGCCAAAUUAAAAACUGCCCAGCUUAAGCAACAGAUCCGACAAUCCAACAGCAGGCAACGAUUAAAGGAGGAAAAGGAGGAAUGAAAACUGCAUCUGGUGUACCUUUCCUUCUUUGUGCGUUUUUACUAACCUCCCACCCCGUCCAAUACAGGUGCCGGAUGUGUGUGUGUGGGAGCGCGAUAGUUUGCGGGGCUAGUAAGUUUUAUAGCUGAACACAAGAAAAUCACGUUAAAUCUCUAAGACACGUAGAAUUUUUGUGCAUUAUGAGCUACGCGGUUCGUUUUAAGGCGUUUAACGUAUAAGAGCAUAGCUCUCCCAAGAGUUGCAACUCGCAAUUUGAAUCAGCCACACACCACCAACACAAUCUUGCUACUAGACGUACUUUGCUUUACUUACUUUAGUGAUCGAUUUUCUUCUGGUCACCAUGGAAAUCCCAACCACCACCACCACCACCACAUCAUCGUUUUUGUCCACUACCAAACUCUUUAGCGGCAAUCACUUCCUAGUCAAUCAUAGGUGCAAAAAGGCGUUAAACCACGCGCGUGUGCAGCGGGCACGCAUGUUCGGGGACUAGCGAGGACCAACUGAAUUAGUUCCGUGUCUUAGGGAAAGAAAAUCGGAUUCAAAAUUAAUAUUCCUGCUAGCAUAAAACAUUGUGUGUUUCCACGGCUAAAAAAAAGCAGUAUGCAACGGAUCUGGUCCACGUUUUAAAAAAGUGUUUUUUUGUAAUGUUAGUUGACACGGUGAAAGAUCAUCACUUAUUGUUUAUCACUGUUAUUAAUUUUCCUGCGUGGUCGUCAGGGUCAGGCCCCGGUUACAGUUUCCACAAUUUGCGUGCCUGUGUGUGUGUGUAGAUAAGCGAAUAGCGGUAUGGCGAGGAUGUGAAACCGGCAAUAACGAAAAUUGCACACGUGAGGUGAUCAAAAAUUGCUAAAUAAAAAAAAGGGAAAUGUAAUUUUAA